AUGGCCCAGCCAUGGACAUUUGAGGCUCCAGUUAACGUCAGUGCAAGUUCUCCUGUCAACCUUACAUGGAAUCCACGAACCCUCAAUUCCGGCAACUAUGGAAACUUUCUUUUGAAUCUAUGGCUCUUGCGCAAAGAUGCACAAGGGGCCACAUUAGUUAAAGAGCAUUUGCCUUACCUUCUUGCUAGUGAUCACUACGUGUAUAACUAUACCGUUCUAUGGACACCCACGCUCGACGACAUCGAUGCCAACGUCCCAGAAGCCGGAUCUCAUCAAUUAGCUUGGGAGCAAAGCCAAAGUAACCCAGACCACAAUCCAUCAAACACAUCAUUCAAGGGGUGGUCAAGAGGAUUUCACAUCAAUGCGCCUAUCUCCUUGAGCUCUUCGUCAAUACCAUCCAUAACAUCAACAUCCUCCGCUCCAUCAUCAACCUCAAUAUCUCCAUCCACUGCCCAAGAAUCCAGCUCCUCUCCAACCAAAACCAGCACCCCCACCAUAAUCGGUCUAGUAAUUGGUCUCGUCCUUCUCCUCCUUAUCUCUAUAUGCGCAGCACUCUGGGGCGUGCGAAAGUAUCGACAAGUACAGAGGAGAAAUGCACUUUCCACAGAGUUACCGAUGCCGAUGGACUAUUCAAUCGUGCCGAAUUCGAAAGUAUAUUAUAACUCAUCACAGAACUCCAUGUCAGACCCGAUGCCAGAAGUAAGAGGUGAAAGGUAUGGGUAUUCGCGGAGAGAUGUAAAGCCCGCGGAGCUAUCUGCUACUGUUAAUGUAGCGGAGCUCUAA